UCUCUUCUACCCAUUACCAUCAGAGUCUCUUGUCUCCUCUCCCCCCAACCCCGCCCUCUCUCUCUCUCUCUCUCUCUCUCUCGCUCUCUCGCUCUCCCUCUGCCUAAUAAAUCCGACCCACGUCCACUCCCCCCUCUUCCUCCACAGACAUCAACUGUAACCCCUAUCUCUCCGCCUCCUAGAUCCAAGAACCGAUCGAGAUCCAUCCGUAGAUCGACGAGCCUGCCGAUCCAAGAAACGAUCGGGUCGGCCGGGAUCUGUCUCCCCGUCGGUAUCCGCGGGUCGGCGUUAGAUCGGCCCAUCCCCUAGACGUAGAUCGACGGAUCCACGCAGGAGGAACAGCGGCCGAGAGGCAGCGGAGGCGGAGGAGAUGAGCGCGAAGGCCGCCCUGUCGCCGGCGCUGGCGACCGGACGGUUCUUCACCGUCGGGCUUGUCACCGCGUGGUACUCCUCCAACAUCGGGGUGCUCCUCCUCAACAAGUACCUCCUGAGCAACUACGGGUUCAAGUACCCCAUCUUCCUCACCAUGUGCCACAUGACGGCCUGCUCCCUUCUCAGCUACGUCGCCAUCGCCUGGCUUAAGGUUGUGCCGAUGCAGGCCAUCCGGUCCCGCGUACAGCUGUUCAAGAUCGCCACCCUCAGCCUCGUGUUCUGCGGGUCGGUGGUCAGCGGGAACAUCUCGCUCCGCUACCUCCCCGUCUCGUUCAACCAGGCGAUCGGGGCAACCACCCCCUUCUUCACCGCGGUGUUUGCUUAUCUCAUGACUCUCCGGCGGGAGUCGUGGCUCACGUACAUUACCCUCGUGCCUGUCGUCACGGGUGUUAUUAUUGCCAGUGGGGGGGAGCCAAGUUUUCAUUUGUUUGGUUUUCUUAUGUGCAUCGGUGCUACUGCUGCCAGGGCACUUAAGACGGUGUUGCAAGGAAUUUUGAUGUCAUCUGAGGGGGAAAAGCUGAACUCUAUGAAUCUCCUCCUAUAUAUGGCUCCAAUAGCAGUAAUUUUUCUGCUUCCUGCAACAAUUAUAAUGGAGGAGAAUGUCAUUGGUAUCACACUGACACUUGCUAGAGAAGACUUCAAAAUUAUUUGGUACCUCCUGUUCAAUUCUUCUUUGGCAUAUUUCGUGAACUUGACCAAUUUUCUGGUCACAAAACAUACAAGUGCUUUGACCCUACAGGUUCUUGGAAAUGCAAAAGGCGCGGUGGCUGUUGUCAUCUCAAUCCUGAUAUUUAGGAACCCAGUAUCUGUAACAGGAAUGGCUGGUUACACACUUACAGUCAUUGGUGUCAUUCUUUACAGCGAAUCUAAGAAGCGCAACAAAUAAAGGUGUGCUUCAGGGAGCCCAUACAUCACGUGACAGCCCUCCAGCCUCGCUGAUGACGUUGGCUCCCACUUGUUCAACUGUAAACUUAGCUGGAUUCAAUAUCUGCAUCAACAGUGAUCAUAUAACCAUAGAGUAAAGAGAGAAAUUGCAGUCAGUAUGUGGAUUUAUACUUUUUAGUCAGGAGGCGUUCUCGAACACCAUUCAUCGGUAGAAACAUUUAUGGUCUACAUUCUUUGCCAGCGCAAGUGUUAUUAUAUCGUUAUUGUUGAGAUUGUGUUGUUGUAACUUAAUUAUAUCACCGUUUUUAUUAUUAUUUUUUGUCCCCAA